AUGUCAUACGUGUUUCAUGUGCUUAUAAUCUUCUUUCUUCCUUGCCUCAAGACACCCAGGAAACAUUCCGAACCAGGCGCGAAACAAGAUGAAGCGGACAAUGAGGAGGCUGACACGUCGGAGCGCGUGUCAUCUGAGGAAGCGUGGCUAUUCCCUGUGUUUGGAUCAAUAGCAUUGCUUGGUUUCUACCUAAUCGUAAAAUACAUAGGAAAGGAAUGGAUAAAUUGGCUGCUGGGUUGGUACUUUUCAUUAAUGGGUGUGGGUAGUGUGUCCAAGGUACGUCUCAACCUCCGGUCCUUCAUUUCAAAGGUAGGGACCGCUGGAGACGCUUCGACAGAAACGAGAUAUACUUUCUCAAAGGCUCAAAGAGUACAAUAUGCAUCCCUAGCUUUCAGGACUCCUUCCCUCCUCUUAAUUCCUCUCGGCACGAUCCCAUCCAUCAUCUACAACUAUACCGACGGGCCGGCCAAGUCAUCCCUCGUCACAGACAUCUUAGCUCUUUCAUUCUCUCACAACGCCCUUUCGCUGCUCAAAAUUGAUUCGUUCAAAACCGGUACAAUCUUGCUUUCUGGUCUAUUCCUAUACGAUAUCUGGUGGGUAUUCGGGACCGAAGUCAUGGUCAAAGUUGCUACGAACCUUGAUCUUCCCAUCAAGCUGUUAUGGCCUAAAUCGGCCAUUUUCUCUACCUCCAAAGGCUUCACCAUGCUGGGCCUUGGUGACAUUGUUGUACCAGGCCUCUUCAUCUCUCUAGCUCUGCGUUACGACUACAGCCGCCACACGCGCUCGAAUUCCCGUGCACCCUCAUUCGUCAAGCCCUACUUUUACGCUGCCUUAUCCUCAUACGUGGCCGGCUUGGUCACCACCAUGACUGUGAUGCACACCUUUAAGGCCGCCCAGCCAGCGCUAUUAUAUCUCAGCCCCGCAUGCAUCCUCUCUUUCUUCAUUACCGCGUCGCUUCGUGGAGAACUUUCCGAAGCCUGGGCUUGGAGUGAUGAAGCGCCGGAGACAGAGGCCACAUCAGCCCGGCACCUUCACGACUCCGAGAGCAAGAAGCAGGACUGA